UUUUUGAACGUAACUAUGAAUUUCUUCCAAUGUACACACACAAGAUAUAUGGGACUGCUAACUGUUAUUAUGAAUUUAGUUGUCCAUAGAUGAAGGAAAGAAAUUCAGAUUGAUAGCUGAAAAUCAACCUCGAAAAGCACUGUGGAUAUGUGUAGAUAGGAUUUUAUCAUAUUGCAAGCAGAUUAUGGAAGAAGCAUCCUCCACGACCCCUCUUCUAAGAGGAUCUUCAAGCACCGGAGAAGAGGGAGAGGAAGACGAAAUCUCAUAUGAGGAUGUGGAUUCUCCUGAACCCAUUGGCAAUAAAGAAGAAGAGAAAGGAUUGCUUGCAGCAGAGGAUGAGGAUGAGGAUGAACAAUCACCCAUUGAACAGGUGGCACUUACUGUGCCAACAACAGAUGAUCCAAGCAUACCUGUUUUGACCUUUAGGAUGUGGGUACUUGGUGUUCUGUCAUGUGUGGUGUUAUCAUUUCUGAAUCAGUUCUUUUGGUACAGAACAGAGCCCCUGACUAUAACUGCAAUCUCUGCUCAGAUUGCAGUGCUCCCUCUGGGCCGGCUAAUGGCAGCUACCUUAAGCAAGAGAAAGUUUCUGGCAGGAAGCAACUGGGAGUUUUCAUUGAAUCCGGGACCAUUCAAUAUGAAGGAACAUGUGCUUAUUACAAUUUUUGCUAAUUCAGGGGCUGGAAGUGUGUAUGCUAUACAUAUAGUCAGUGCUGUCAAGAUUUUCUACAAGAAGAGGCUGGAUCUGUUCGUUGCUUUUCUUAUUGUUUUAACAACCCAGAUACUGGGAUUUGGAUGGGCAGGCAUUUUCAGAAGACAUUUGGUGGAACCAGCUGCCAUGUGGUGGCCUGCAAAUCUUGUCCAGGUUUCUCUCUUCAGAGCUCUUCAUGAAAAGGAGCAGAGGCCCAAAGGAGGCCUUACAAGAAAUCAGUUCUUUUUAGUAGUUCUUACAUGUAGUUUUGCCUAUUAUGUUCUGCCUGGCUAUUUGUUUCCCAUGAUCACAUCCCUUUCAUGGAUCUGCUGGAUAUUUCCUAAAUCUGUUCUGGCACAACAACUUGGUUCGGGAUUGUAUGGUCUUGGUAUAGGUGCCCUUGGGAUAGACUGGUCCACUAUUUCUUCAUACUUGGGAAGCCCACUCGCCAGUCCUUGGUUUGCCAUUGCCAACGUAGCUGUUGGAUUUGCCCUUGUAAUGUAUGUGAUAACUCCAUUGGCCUAUUGGUUCAAUCUUUUUCAUGCAAAGACAUUUCCCAUAUUUUCUGAGGAUCUUUUCACCUCCUCUGGCCAAGAGUACAACAUCUCCAAGAUUAUUGAUUCGAAUUUCCAUCUGGACUUAAAGGCUUAUGAGGAGUAUGGCUCAAUAUAUUUAAGUACCUUUUUCGCUAUGACAUAUGGAGUGGGAUUUGCGGCGUUGACUGCUACAGUAGUUCAUGUUCUUCUUUUCCAUGGAAAAGAAAUUUGGAAGCUUAGUCUUUCUGCUUUUAGGGAUCGUACAGAGGAUGUACACACCAAAUUAAUGAGAAAAUAUAACCAGGUGCCAGAAUUAUGGUUCCAAAUAAUACUUGUUGGCACUGUUGCUUUGUCCAUCUUUGCAUGUGAGUAUUACAUUGAUCAGCUUCAAUUGCCCUGGUGGGGAGUACUGCUAGCAUGUGCUAUUGCCCUGGUCUUCACACUUCCUAUUGGCAUUAUUACUGCAACUACUAAUCAGACUCCAGGCCUGAACGUGAUCACAGAAUACAUCAUAGGUUACAUUUAUCCUGGAAGACCAGUUGCAAACAUAUGCUUCAAAGUGUACGGUUACAUUAGCAUGACUCAAGCCCUCACAUUCUUACAGGACUUUAAACUAGGCCACUAUAUGAAAAUUCCCCCACGAACUAUGUUUCUAGCACAGCUAGUAGGCACAGUGAUUGCAUCAGUAGUCUACUUAGGCACAGCCUGGUGGAUGAUUUACACCAUUCCCGAUUUAUGUGAUUCAAGUUCCACCACCUGGAGUUGCCCAUCAGACCGGGUUUUCUAUGAUGCUUCUGUGAUAUGGGGAUUGAUAGGACCCAGAAGGAUAUUUGGCAACCUGGGUAUAUAUGAGUCCAUUAAUUGGUUUUUCUUAGGUGGGGCAAUUGCUCCACUUUUGGUAUGGCUGCUUCAUAAAGCAUACCCAGACAAAGAAUGGAUCAGAUUGAUCAAUAUGCCAGUGCUGAUUGGGUCAACAGGAAUGAUGCCCCCUGCAACAGCAGUUAACUACACAAGCUGGAUAGUCAUGGGAUUCAUCUUUAGCUUUGUUAUUUACAGAUACAAAAAAGAUUGGUGGACAAAGUACAAUUAUGUGCUUUCAGGUGGGUUGGAUGCAGGAUUGGCAUUCAUGGCCGUCCUACUUUAUUUGUGCCUUGGAUUGGAAAAUAUUUCCUUGAAUUGGUGGGGAGAAAAUUUGGAUGGAUGCCCCCUGGCAUCAUGCCCCACUGCUAAAGGCAUUGUAGUUGAAGGUUGUCCUGUAUUUUCAUGAUCAAGCAAAAUCGGGCAGUCUGAACUCUCUCACACAGCAAUAUAUUAAGUCUAGAAAAUGUUAGUCAAUUUUAAAUGUUUAACAUUUUUAAGCUAGAAAGCAAAGCUUAAUGUAUAUGAUUUAAGCCAUCCCAACAAAAUCAUUUAAAUUUGUACACAAGAUAUUUUAGGGUACCCGAGGUUUACCAUGAUCCUCCAUCAUGAAUUGCCCCUUUGCAUUAGUAAGCAGGUUCAAAACAGAAAGUGUGGCAGUCACUUGUCUGAAUUGUUCUACAUGGAGAAAAGCAAUGUCCUUACAAUUUUUAUUAGUAUA